UCAUUGUGUGUGCGAAUCUGUACAGGAGCACCGCAGAGCGGACGCGCCUCCCUCCUUCCCUCCUUCCCUCCCUCCGCCACAGGGCCACGGAGAGGCCGUACGUCUGCGGCUCGCGCUCGGGGAUGGAUCAGGGAUCCGCCGCGGGCACCGGAGGGACCUUCAUUUCCCUGAGUGACACUGAGCAGAGAUGUUACUCGGGGCUGUACGCGGUCUGUCAGCCCGACAGCAGCGGCAAACUGGCGGCGGGGAAAGUGGCGGAGCUGUUCCGGGCGUCGCAGCUGCCGGCCGAGACGCUGCACCAGGUAACAGAGGUGUGCGGUGCUAAGCGGCUUGGCUAUUUCGGCUGUGGACAGUUGUACGUGGCUCUGAAGCUAAUGGCCGCGGCACAGGCGGGUUUGCCGGUACGUCUGGAGAGCGUCGCAGGCGAACUUCCUCUCCCUGUGUUUGUCGGGAUAACUAACGAGCUUGAGAUUCGUUACCCCAAUCACCCCUCGACCAAUGAGAGUCAGCCUCACAUCCUGGGCUCGCUUACAGGCUCCGCCCCCCGUCCCCCUGCAGACAGACCUGUCGUCAGACACCCUGACUCCAGCAUGGACAAACAGGAGGCGUGGUCUCCACCACGGUCACCCGGCAUCUCCCCGCCCCGCUCACCAUCAGCCUAUCGCAGCUAUCCAUAUGGUGCACAGAGAAACGGAACAGACACGCUAUUGGCGUAUGAUGGUAAAGUGCCGGGUCGUCCCAGCGUUCCUCAGGAAAACUCCUCUCCCAGUCAUUAUUCUUUCAAACUGCAGUCGGAGCAGCCUGUCAUCACACGCGUUGCGUCUGUGGAGCGGCUGGUGGAGCGAGUGGAGGUCGAUUACUCAGACGACCCAUGGAGGAUCACAGAGGAGCAGCGUGAAUACUACACCAACCAGUUCAGGAGUCUCCAGCCUGACCUCAGCGCUCUCAUCAUGGGAACUGUUGCAAAAAACUUCUUCACCAAGUCGAAGCUUCCGAUUCCAGAGCUGUCUCAUAUAUGGGAGCUGAGCGACGUUGACAAGGACGGUGCUCUCACUUUCCCAGAGUUCUGCACUGCCUUCCAUUUGAUCGUGGCCCGGAAAAAUGGUUACCCUCUUCCUGAAACACUCCCCGCCACGCUGAGACCUGGCUUUGUGGAACCAGGUGUGCUUACAGCGCCGCCAUCUGAGGCGACUGAACCUCUUAUUGUUUUUGAUGACAAUAUGAUGCCUAGAGCCAAUCAGCUUGAAAUGGGUUCUGUUGACCUGCAGAUGACCUCUAGACCAGGUGUGACCGCUAAACAGGACGUGAGAGAUGAAAGCAGGAAACAGGAAUUCAGCCCAAAGAGAAUUCCAGACCCGCACGAAAAGCCAAUACAGCAUGUCAGCACUUUAAAACCAGAUUCUCCACAAGAGCUUGAUGCAAACAUGAAGUCAAGAACACGGCCCAGGUCGUAUUCCAGCACCUCCAUAGACGAUGCCAUGAAGAAGGUGGAGGAGCCGCCCACCCCUCCUCCUCGACCCCAGAAGACUCACUCCCGCGCCUCCUCUCUCGACCUCAACAAGCUCUUCCAACAGAGCGGUCAAGGUUCUCGUCCAUCCCAACAUUCCUUGAGUGCUAAAAGUGGCUGGUUGCCUCCUCCUCCAGCUCUCCCUCCUCGACCACCAGCUACACAGAUCUUCAGCUUUCUCCCUGGCUCGGAGAAGAGUUCCCAGAAGGCCGUUCAGCAGCCAAACUUUGCAGAUUUCAGCAAGUUUAGGGAGGAGCAGGAGAGCAGCGUGAGAGGAGGUCUGAGCACAGAGGACCUGGCGCCUCCCAAAUCGGAUUCUACAGUGAUACAUCAAGGCCACGCCCCUCAGAAGCCAGUGCGAAGAAAGCUCCACCCUGAAAGUCAGAGUACCACGCCCCCCUCGGCCACGCCCUACUCUGCUGCAACAUUGACCAAAUCUACACAGAGGCCUGCACCCAAGCAGAAGAGAGAGAUCCAGAUGGCCAUAAGGAAGAACCGAGAAACCAACGCGGUCCUGACACGUCUCAACAGUGAACUACAGCAACAGCUAAAGGUUGUGCAUCGGGAGCGAGUUACUCUGGAAUCCCAGCUGGAGUUGCUGCGGCCCGUGGCGUCGACCUGACCCAACCCGACCCGCCACGAGCUCGCUGUCCCGCUCUUUCUGUCUCUAUAGUGUCUAAUGCUGUGAGUUGGGACAGGAUACGCACUUUAAGUGACCAAACUCUUGGGACGCCACAAACACUGUGUCAGAAGCACAGGAAGAGGAUUUUACCUCCACGGAAGAACGUGAAGAAUUCUAGGAAGUUUGUUCGGUCAAAAAACUCUUUUUGUUUUGUUGGUUUUGGGUUUGUGUUUGUGUGUUCCUGCCUGUUUUACAGCAGAAUCAUGCUAACACCGCUAAACCGCUAGUUACACAGACCAAUACAAAAGAACAGCUUCAGUAUUUCACUUCAUUCCAGGAAACUGAAAAUCAGUUGAUGGUUUAUGCAAUGGAUCUGGUUCUAUAACUGCACAAAUACAUAGAGUAAUGAUUUAAACUACUUUUUUAAUUUAUUUUUUUAUUUUUGUUGCCAUAAUUUAGAAAACAUGAAUUUGUUUGAGGCUAAUCCUGUUCUACCAAGAAUAAGCUUAUAAGGGUGAAUAUCAUGAAAAAGUCAAGACACAUUUCACCCCAAAAACAGAAGAAAAAAACAGAAUUAGAAUUAUAACGUUCUAAUAAUAAUACAAAAUGAUAUAUGUGUGUGUGUGUGUGUGUACAUUUUUAGAUUUUAAUACACAUAAUUAUAUGUGUGUGUGUGUGUGUGUGUGUGUGUGUGUGUGUGUAUAGAUAAUUAUUAUUUUAUAUAUAAUAAUAUUGAUAAUUAUUAGAAUAAAUAUUGCAUUUGUGUGCAUAUAGUAAAGCCUAUUAAGAAUUGUUUUAUGACGAUUAAGUCCAUUUUAAUCAUUAACUAAAGUCAGCACAACAAAUAAUAACCUGAUCAUAAUAAUAUGAAAGAUUUGUUUUCCAUUACAGUAAUUAUUAAUAACACUUUGUGGAAUGAAUUUUUUUUUCUCAAAUAUAAUUUAUUCUAUCAUAAUUUCUAUAAUUUUUUUUCUUUUGGUUUUGGGUAAAAAAAUAAAAUCUCUCUUGACAGUUUUUGUGUGAUUCGCCCGUGAUGAACACUGUUGAAAAGUAAGUCAAAUGUAGAAUAAUCAUUACUUUGUGUGCCGGGACAAAGAGUGGUGGAUGUGUUGUAGAGACUCUUCAAAUGUGAGUGUGUUUGUGUUCAUGCAUGAAGAUGAACGUUUACACUGAAGAGGCAUUUAUUUUUACACAGCUAGUUCUGACGGCAUGUUGUAUGUGAGUAGUUUCACAGUACAGGACUGUUUAUGACUGGAAUAUUAGAAUACGUAGACAUACCUGUUGAAUGCCACAUUAACCUCAGAUCAACGAGGGUGAUCCAGUGAUUGUGCUUGUAAUGUAUUACAAAAACCAUCCAUCCAUUUUUGUUUUUAGUUUUUCUUUUAUUGCUUGCCAUAUCUUAACUAUUAUUUCUAACUUUUCUGUAAUUUCUUAAGCAUUUAUUACAAUCCUAAAAAUCAUUUUUGGGGGUAAUUACAGUAAUUAUGAAAUGUCAAAAAAGGUUGAUUGUUUAAAAAAAAUGCAUCAAAUGAAAACCAGCGACUGCAAAAAAACUAAGUAUAAAUGUCUGUAUUUUUUGUUCAAAAGUGUGCUAAAUACUUUCCUAUGCAAAUCAUAUUGGUGAUUUUGCGCCCGAGCUUAUUGUGUGUUUUUGAUACUGAUUGAAUUUCUCAUGCACUGUGUUCUGAUGCAGGAGUGUUCAGGAAUGUUCUGUCCGUGAGUGUGUCAAUAAACCAGUGGAAUUAUGGGAGAUUGUGA